AUGGAGCACAUGUUCAUUGCGCCUGCUGAGGUGAAGAAACAGUGUCUCAUUCAGAUGUUGGAGUUGGCAUUCUGGCAGAUGCGUGUGAUGAGUAACAUUCAUCUCAAGCUGGAUGCACUGAGAGAUUUGGUUCUAUGCCAUGCGCCGUUAUCCCUCAAAGACAAGCUACGUGCAAGCACAGACAAGACAGUCCGUUUCCCUUCCUCGCUCAUGUGCACGACGAUGUGGUGUCGGGGAUGGACACCGUCAUCACAUCCUUCGUCCGCCGCUGCAUUAACUUCGUCUUCUUUGACAAUGUUUCGAAGUUUCCAUGUCGUCACUCAGCUGAUGGAGCUGGAUCAGGACAUGGCGGAUGAAAAAUGCAGUGCUCUGGUACCUCCCGACGCUGAUCCACUCGGGCCCCGGGACUCGGAUCCGAAGCGGAUAGACAUGGAGAUCACGGCCUAG